GGCCGGGCCGGCGGGCUGCGGCGGAGUGGGACUCGGCGCUGGCGCUACCGCCAUGGACGCCGACGCGGGGUCGGGGAACCCAGAGAACGGGGAGCGCCGCGACCCGGACCGGACUGCGGAGGAGGACGCGCGGGCCCGGGCCGAGUUCGCGGCGCUGCACGGCCCGGCGCUGCGCGCGUCCGGAGUCCCUGAGCGGUACUGGGGCCGCCUCCUGCACAAGCUGGAGCACGAGGUUUUCGAUGCCGGGGAGAUGUUCGGGAUUAUGCAAGUGCAGGAAGUGGAGGAGGAGAGUGAGGGCGAGGAGGCCCGGGAAGCUCGGAAGAGGCAGCCCAACCCUGGCGGCGAGCUCUGCUACAAGGUCAUCGUGACCAGCGAGAACGGGCUCCAGGCGGCCGACCCCAACAGCAUCUUCCUCAUCGACCACGCCUGGACGUGCCGCGUGGAGCACGCGCGCCAGCAGCUGCGGCAGGUGCCCGGGCUGCUGCUCCGCAUGGCCAACCUGAUGGGCGUCGGGUUCCACGGCGAGCUGCCCAGCGCCGAGGCCGAGGACCUGGUGCUGGAGGAGAUGUGGCGGUUCAACCAGACCUACCAGCUGGCACACGGGACGGCCGAGGAAAAGGUGCCGGUGUGGUACGUCAUGGACGAGUUCGGCUCGCGCAUCCAGCACUCCGACACGCCCAGCUUUGCCACGGCGCCCUUCUUCUACAUGCCCCAGCAGGUGGCCUACACGCUGCUGUGGCCCCUGCGGGACCUGGACACAGGCGAGGAGGUGACCCGGGACUUUGCCUACGGGGAGGCCGACCCUCUGAUCCGGAAGUGCAUGCUGCUGCCCUGGGUCCCCGCCGACCUGCUGGACUUGAGCUCCUCCACACCCGAGCCGCCUGACGAGCACUACCAGGCCAUUUUGGAGGAGAACAAGGAGAAGCUGCCGCUCGCCAUCAGCCCGGUGGCCUAUCCCUGCGACCACGUCUUCAAGGUCUAUACAGACAUCCAGCAGGUGCUCAGGCACCUGACGCACCCACGCUUCACCUUUGCCCAGAGCGAGGCGGACGCGGACAUCCUCUACAACUUCUCCCACUUCAAGGACUACAGGAGGCUCAGCCAGGAGAGGCCCAACGUGCUGCUGAACCAGUUUCCCUGCGAGAACCUGCUGACGGUGAAGGACUGCCUGGCCUCCGUCGCGCGCCGGGCCGGGGGCCCCGAGGGCCCGGCGUGGCUCCCCCGCACCUUCAACCUGCGCACCGAGCUGCCGCAGUUUGUGAGCUGCUUCCAGCAGCGGGAGAGGCGGGGCCAGGACAACCACUGGAUCUGCAAGCCCUGGAACCUGGCCCGCAGCCUGGACACCCACGUCACCAGGAGCCUGCACAGUAUCGUCCGGCACCGGGAGAGCAGCCCCAAGGUCGUGUCCAAGUACAUCGAAAGCCCAGUGUUGUUCCUUCGAGAAGACGUGGGGCCGGUCAAGUUCGACAUCCGCUACGUCGUGCUUCUGCGCUCGGUGAAGCCCCUGAGGCUGUUUGUCUAUGACGUGUUCUGGCUGCGCUUCUCCAACCGGCCCUUCGCGCUCGACGACCUGGACGACUACGAGAAGCAUUUCACCGUCAUGAACUAUGACCCGGAAGUGGUGCUGAAGCAGGUGCACUACGAUGAGUUCAUCCCUGAGUUUGAGAAGCAGUACCCGGAAUUUCUCUGGAACAGCGUCCAGGCUGAGAUCUUCCAGGCCUUCACGGAGCUGUUCCAAGUGGCGUGUGCCAAGCCGCCGCCCCUGGGCCUCUGCGACUAUCCCUCAUCCCGGGCCGUGUAUGCCAUCGACCUCAUGCUCAAGUGGGACGACCGUCCAGAUGGGACGCGAGUGAUGCAGCCGCAGAUCCUGGAGGUGAACUUCAACCCGGACUGUGAGCGGGCCUGCAGGUACCACCCGGGCUUCUUCAACGACGUCUUUAGCGCCCUGUACCUGGACGAGCCCAGCCACUGCCACGUCACCCGCCUGGUCUAGGUGCUCGUGGCUCUGCGCUGCCUGCCGGCCCCUUCCAGCCUCAGCGGGCAGAGCUGCUUCCACGAGCCCCUCCCCUCCUCCCUCGGCACAGCCUCGUCUUGGAGCUGUCAUCCCCGUGUCACCUCGGGGGGCUCAGGGUCCUCUUCCCUCCGAGGUCAGGAGCAGGGCCAGGCACGGUGUCCCCAGGGCUGAGUCCCAGGCCCCUGUCCGUGCUCCCCUCACCGCCAUCCAUGCUCAGCUGAGGGCUUUUUCUGGAGGGUCUGGUUCCUGGGCUGCUGUUUCCCAGGGGGUUAGCGGCUGCGGGUUCUGGGGAGCACGAGGUUUCCCCAGCAACACCUGCGGAGCCCACAUACGAACGGGGAGCUGGGUGGGCUGCUUCUCCAGGGGGCCUGCUCGUGUAUCGUGACUCCGCUGGGGCAGGGUGUCCCCACCCCUGCCCCCCAGAACAGCUGGGAACCUGCUCCCCAGACCGCGCCUUC